AUGUCUUCCAUUGGGGCUAGCUAUGCUGGGGUUUAUGUGAUGCAGAAGCGACAGAAGGAGAAAAUGGAGAAGAAGGAAGACGAAACUAGAGGGAAAGGAGAGAGCAGUAUAGCAAAGGAGAGCAAAGUCUCUGCACCUGGGAGGACCAAAAAGGUUCGAGCUGUAGCACUGAAAAAUGCUCCUAAUAACCUCAAGUUGAUGUCACCAAAGAUUCAAAAAGACAUUGUAAAUGCUGCUGUAGGUGAAACAACUAAUGCUAUUAUAAGUGAUAUUGGUGAUUCCUUGUUUUCUAUUCUUGUUGAUGAAUCUCGUGAUGUAUCCAUUAAGGAGCAAAUGGUUGUUAUGUUUCGUUAUGUUGACAACAAAGGGUAUGUGAUUGAACGUUUCAUGGGUAUUGAACAUGUGGCUAGUACAACAGCUUUCUCAUUGAAGACUUCAAUUGAUGCAUUAUUUGCUAGACAUCAUUUGAGCAUAUCUCAAUUACAUGGUCAAGGUUAUGAUGGGGCAAGUAAUAUGAAUGGAGAGUUCAAUGUUUCCAAUGUGAUAAAUAUUGUUGGGGCAUCAUCAAAGCGUCGUGAACAAGCCCUCAAAGUUAUUGAAGCACUUAGCAAUGAUUUGCAACUUCAAGAGCUAAGGAAUCGUUUCACAGAGGUUAACAUAGAGUUGCUGCUUUGCUUGGCAUGCUUAAGUACGAAUAAUUCAUUUUCUGCUUUCAAUACGCAAAAAUUGGUACGUCUUGCUGAACUCUAUCCAAGUGAUUUUUCUACUGAACAACUCAUGGCACUUGAAAUUCAACUUGAGAAUUAUAUUGACGAUAUACAUUCCAAUACCAAGUUUCAAGAAUUGAAUGGAAUUUCUGAUCUUGCGAAAAAAUUAGUUGAGAUAGGAAAGCACAAAGAAUAUCCAUUAGUCUAUUUUCUCAUAACGUUGGGAUUAGUACUUCCAGUUGCUACAGCUUCUGUAAAAAAGGUAUUCUCUGGUAUGAACUUUGUUAAGAACCGGUUGCGCAAUCGAAUGGGAGAUCAAUGGAUGAAUGAUAGCUUGGUUGUAUAUAUUGAGAAAGACAUCUUCAAUGACAUUGAUAAUGAGCUCAUUGUCAAGCGUUUUCAAUUGUAA